AUGAGCAGAAGCCAAUCCAUGAGGAUCAUUCUUGUUCAUGGGUCCUGCCAUGGAGCUUGGUGCUGGUACAAGGUGGUCUCCAUACUGAGAAAUCAAGGCUAUGAAGUUACAGCCAUUGAUCUCGCAGCCUGUGGUGCUGAUCCACGAAGGCUGCCUGAAGAUGUCACGAAUUUUGAUGAUUAUUCCCAACCGUUGAUUGACUUGAUUUCCAAAGUCCCUGAUGAUGAAAAAAUCAUUCUUGUUGGGCACAUGUUUGGUGGCAUAAGCUUAGCUUUAGCCAUGGAUAAGUUUCCUGAAAAGAUAGCCGUUGCAGUCUUUGUAUCGGCAAUGAUGCCUGACACUAACCAUCCACCUUCUUAUAUAUUUGAUCAGCACUUUGAACGGUCACCCGAAACAUACAAAGAUGUUGAGUUCAAGGAAGUCAUAAUCCCAGGAAGCACCAACGCAUUGCAUAUCACCUGCUUGGAUCCCAAAUUCCUGGCGACCUCCCUUUAUCAAAACUGUACCUUCGAGGAUUUGACUCUGGCGAGUAUGAUGAUGAGGCCAACAUCACUGUUCCACGAAGAACUGAGCAAGAAAUCAGCCUUUUCCAAAGAAGGCUAUGGAUCUGUCGAUAAGAUUUAUAUAGUUUGUGGCGACGAUGCCUCAAUCAGUGCAGAUUUUCAAAGAUGGAUGAUUCAGAACAAUCCGGUGAGAGAGGUGAUGGAAAUUAAUGGAGCCGAUGAUAUGGCUAUGCUUUCAAAGCCAAAGGAGCUGUGCCAAUGCAUUGCAGGCAUUGUUGACAAGUAUGCUAAGUGA